CCUCCUUUUCCCUCGAAUCUCCUUUCCGAGAGAUAUCUACUUUUGAAAACUGAAUCAAUACUAAAAAAACAAAUGGAAAAAACUCCACUGUCCGCCAUUGAUUCCUUCUGUGAAUGACAGGCAGCUUAUUCAGCUAGAUAUACAUUGCUACAAGCUUUUCGAUUUUUCUUUCUUUCCUUUUUCGUUCUUUUACACUUUUUCCUUUCCAUGGCUGAGGUGAAGAGAUCCAGCGGUACUGUAAGGUGGUUUAGUGCGCAGAAGGGGUUUGGGUUCAUAGCUCCAGAUGAUGCUAGCGAGGAUCUUUUUGUCCACCAGACCUCCAUUCGUUCUGAAGGAUUUCGUACUCUUUUCGAUGGUCAAGCUGUUGAGUUUACCAUCGAUUAUGACGAAGAUCAGCGCUCCAAGGCCGUCGACGUUACUGUAAUCGGUAGAUCUACCGGAUAUGGAGGAGGCCGCGGAGGUGGGAGAGGUAGAGGUGGUGCUUAUGGAAGAUUCGGUGGUGGUGGCCGCGGUUUUGGCAGAGGAGGACGGUACGAAGACUCAAGCGGUGGCUUCGGCGGCCGGGGUGGUGGUCGUGGCGGUGGUGAGUGCUACAAUUGCGGCCGGAUGGGUCAUUUAGCGAGGGAUUGUUAUCGGGGAAACGGCGGUGCGCCUCCUGGCCGUGGAUACGGCGGUGGUCGGGGUUAUGGCGGCGGGGCUGGUGGUGGUUGUUACAAUUGUGGGGAUACAGGACAUUUUGCUAGGGAUUGUCAAAACGAAAGCAAAUGAAGAAUGCGGGUCUUCCUUUAAGCGGUAUUUACACUUUUUUCUGAAGAUUAUUUUGGUCGGGUUGUUAAUUUUUUGGUGCGAUUUCUGGAAUUUUUAAGUGUGUCGAUGACUGCAAGUCUGCAUUUGAGGGCACGAGGAUCCGGGGCAAUAGACGAUAAGGCUUCAAUUCAUCACUGUUUCUCCUUUUGGGUGUUCCAUAAUUUGUUGUUCAUAAUUAGAUGAUGAAACCAAUUGUUUGUAUAUGCUAUACCUUUCUGGCAUUUCUCUAAUUCAUUCUUCCUUUGAUUGUUGUGAUAUUCUUAACAUGUUUUAUAAUAUGAUAUAUGUAAUCCGUCAAGGGUAUACGUUCAUACCAUUUUGUAUUUCUUAUAUACGUUUCAUCUUUGUCUAUUA